UAAAAAGCGGGUUCACGCCGGGUGAGCAGUGCCAGUCUUGACUUCUUGGUGACAGAGGUGGAAAACAGGUCAGGAGAGACUUUACUGGGACCUGCCCCGUGAUUUGAGCUGAGCUGACGGUGAACCGGCGGUCUCACCGCACCGGAGGUCCAGGUCAAAAAUGGCUGCACUGCGUCGUCUGAGGCAGUGUCACUCAGCCGGCAGCGCUGUGUCUCAUCUUCACACAAGCAGCCAUGUCUGUGCCAAGCAGCAUUACAAAAUGCUGGUUCUUGGAGGAGGAAGUGGGGGCAUUACAAUGAGCGCACGGAUGAAGAGGAUUUUUGGGGCCGAGAAUGUGGCCGUUGUGGAGCCCAGCGAGAUGCACUACUAUCAGCCCAUAUGGACCCUGGUGGGCGCCGGUGCGAAAACAGCAGCUUCCUCCGGUCGUCCCACUGCCAGUGUGAUGCCAUCAGGAGUGCAGUGGGUGAAAUCCAAAGUACAGGAAAUAAACCCAGACACAAAUACUGUCCGCACAGACGAUGGGACUGAGAUAUCCUAUGAGUAUUUGAUCGUGGCACUCGGGAUACAGCUCCAUUACGAGAAGAUCAAGGGACUGCCAGAAGGCUUCGGGCAUCCAAAGAUUGGCUCGAACUACUCAAUCCAAACUGUGGAGAAAACAUGGAAAGCACUGCAGGACUUCAAAGAGGGAAACGCCAUCUUCACUUUUCCAAAUACUCCAGUGAAAUGUGCCGGAGCUCCACAAAAGAUCAUGUAUCUGUCAGAUGCCUUCCUCAGAAAGACAGGAAAAAGGGCGAAGGCCAACGUCAUUUACAACACAUCACUGCCUGUGCUCUUCGGGAUCAAGAAGUACGCCGACUCAUUGUGGGAAAUCGUGAAACAUCGUGACCUACAAGUGAACCUCAGGCAAAACCUGAUCGAAGUGCGAGCAGACAAGCAAGAAGCUGUGUUUGAAAACCUGGACAAUCCAGGUGAAACAAAAGUGUUUGAGUAUGAAAUGCUUCAUGUGACGCCACCAAUGGGGCCCAACUUGGUGAUUAAAGCCAGUCCGCUGGCAGAUGAAGCUGGAUGGUUGGAUCUCAAAAAAGAGACCCUCCAGCAUACGAAGUAUCCAAACGUGUUUGGGAUUGGAGACUGUACCAACCUGCCCACUGCCAGAACGGCUGCUGCUGUAGCUGCACAGUCUGCUGUGUUGAACAGAACAAUUAGUAAAAUACUGAAAAAGGAGAAGCCGGAUAAAACAUAUGACGGUUACACGUCCUGCCCUCUGGUCACAAGCUACAACACCGUGAUUCUGGCAGAGUUUGACUAUAACGGACAACCACUGGAGACAUUUCCCAUCAACCAGGCGAAAGAAAGGAGGCUGAUGUAUCACCUGAAAGCCGAUGUGAUGCCUCACCUCUACUGGCAUGGACUCCUCCGGGGGCUGUGGGGCGGACCAGGACCUUACAGGAAACUCCUUCACCUGGGGAUGAAAUGAAAUCUCAACAUCGAGGUUCAAUACAAGAACUAACAUUUACGAAAACUUAUAAUGAAAAAGCCGUUCUUCAUAUUUUUCCUGCUAAAUAGCUUUUUUAACGUCUUGAACCAAGUCAUUAUACAUGCUUUUUAUUUGAAGACAGUUUUUUAAAUGACUAUUAUUUGCUGUUUGUUUGAGAUAUUCAUAGAUUUAAUAACUUCAAUGAAAGAUACACUUGAAAUAUAUUUUUGUUAUGAGAGCACGCUAGGAGCACUUAAGAGCAUAGAACAAUGCUUUGUCGAUUUUAUUUUUUUACUUUAUUUUGCUGUGUAAACCAUACUUGUCCAAGCCAAUACAUUUCUCAAUGGCAGAUUUGUUCAAUCUUUGAUUUGAUGUCUUAAUUGUUAGUCUAUAAGAUUUGUUCAUCAUUCUUCUGUUCAGAAUGAACCGAUAUUCUGAGUGGAGUUUGCCUGUAUCACCGUUGUUUGUUUGGGAUUUCCACAGAUACUGUUUCCUUCACACAAUCCAAAAAUUGCCUCGAAUAACCUCCAACUAGACCAAGCAUUACAGGAGAUCAAUGGAUGUUACUAUUUAAGAUCCGGUUAUAAAUCAAUUCAAUUGAAUUCAGAUCAAAAUACAAAAAUCCCUUCAUGUUAUUGUAUUGAUGUAUUUUCAACGCAUCUGUUGAAGUUAUAACACUUUGAAAGGAUUUCCAAAAAAUAA